CUUCGAUGGUGAUAUGUCUGUAAGGAGAAUUAUGAUGAACAGGGUGAAGCAGUGAACCUUGACUACGUCUCCAUCACUUAUUUAUAGUCUCAAAAAUUAGGGAGUUUAAGAGCUGCGGAGAAGGAGUCACUAAAUUGAACGUAGUGGGGGGGGGAGCUGGCCGUAGGGAGCAAAUGAAAAGAAUUAAUGAAAGGUUUGAAUGAGGAUUACGAACGUUACAGAGGCGUUACAACAUCUGCGAUGCAAAAGACGGGAUUGAAGAAGACGAAGUCAUUGAAAGAGACAUGGGCUAUAAAUGGACUAUGUUUAUGUUAUAGAAGAGAAGCUGACGUGUCGAAGAACGCCCCUUCCUUCCUCCUUGCUGUCGUGGAGUGCUGUGCGCAUCACACAAGUCAACUUUUAUAUAAUAAGAUAUCCACAGCAGCGUCAUCCUCUGCAACAAAGAGAAGCCGAAAAAAGAAAAAUGUAUCUGAUCAGCGCCGGCCUUGGCUACAAUCUCAAUAUCUUCCCAUCGCACCUGCCAACAUGCUCAGCUUCAGAUCAGACGUUCACCGAUCUACUGGUAAACAACUAUCUGCUGCGAGGCUUUUUUAUUAGGACACGAACAUUUGAAACUCAUUUUCCAAGUUUAUUACUUUUCCCGGUGAAUAAUGCGAGGCUUGCUCGACAAAAUCGACGAUUACUAAUGCGAAGCAGACGGACUGCAAACUCACCGCAGCAAGACAUACAGCGUACACAAGAAACUAUCCUUCCUGAUCAGGUUGACAACAUUGAUGUUGAUUCCCCUGAACAAGUUACCGCAAGGGCAAGUAGAGCCUUGCGAAUAAAGAAACAGAAAUCUAAGAGAGUAGCCACUCGGUAUAAGAAUGUUGCAUCUACAAGUGGAAGCCGUCCAGUUAGGUAUCGACGCCCAGUUGUUAACAAGUGGGACUUAGUGAAAUGCCCGGUUUGUCAGGCCAUUGUUUGGAUUGCUGAGGCUGUUGUUCAAGAGACAGAGAAAUCCCCCAGAAUGUUCAGCAUCUGUUGUCAGCAGGGUCGUGUUAAGCUACCUCCUAGGCGUCAACCACCCUCUCCGCUGAAAGAACUUCUAGACAAAUCAAACUUCAAGUCGAUAAUCCGAAUUGCAAAUGGGAUGUUAGCUUUCACAUCGAUGGGUGGACAGAUUGAUAACUCUGUAACUAACUCUUGUGGACCGUAUGCAUUUAGGCUCCAUGGUCAAACCCACCACAAGAUAAGAUCUCUGCUCCCCCCUGACGGUAAAUUUCCACAGUAUCUCCAGCUCUAUAUAGUUGACACCGACAAUGAAGUGGCAAACAGGAAAAAGGCAUUCUCAAAAGGUACCUCAGCUUUAGAAAUUGACGACAACUUGGUUGCUGACCUGAUCAAGAUGCUGGAUGAAAAUAAUCACCUUGCUAAAACUUUUAGACAUGCUCGAGAUCGAGUCCUAUCUGGUGGGGCAGUAGAAUUCAGCGUGAGAUUAGUGAACCAGAAGCAUCACGGAAGACAGUAUGACCUGCCUACUGCAAGUGAAAUAGGUGGUAUUUUAGUUGGUGAUUUCACAGCUGAAUCAGCAGGAAAAGAUAUUGUUCUUGAGUACAAGACAUCUAAGCUGCAAAGGAUAUAAGCGAUCUACAUCCUCUAUACAUGAGUCUUCAGUAUCCGUUGCUUUUUCCGUACGGAGAAUAUGGGUACGACGAGAGGAUUCCGUAUCAACACACAGAGCACUCUAAACUAAAGAGAGAGUACAUGACCAUGAGAGAGUACUUUGCUCACCAGAUCCAGACAAGGCCAUCAGAGGGCAUGACUAUUAUCAAGUCAGGGAGAUUGUUUCAUCAGUAUAUUGUAGAUGUUUACACCGCAACUGAGAAGGAGAGGUUGAGGUUCAUCAGACUUAACCAGAAACAGCUAAGGGCUGAGUUAUAUACAAACUUUUGUGAUGCAUUGGACAGUGGAGACACAGACUCUAGAAAAGUUGGCAGAAAAGUCAUUUUACCUUCUCCUUUCACCGGAAGCCCUCGAUAUAUGUCUGAGAAGUAUCAGGAUGCCAUGGCCAUUUGUCAAAUGUCAAAUUAUCAUAGAAGAAAAAACAAUAAAUGUCAAA